ACCAACAAACACACCAUAGGAGCUUUGUGGAUUCAAAGGAUUUGCUUUCCCCUCUCAAAGAGCCGCUAUUCUUUGAUGAUUGGGCAGCGGCAAACUUCAAAGUAAUAAAUCUUAUUUCUGACUGGCUGGCGGCCCACCAAAGUCCUUAUCAAAUUCUAAGAAGUGAUCCCUCACUCUUCAGAUAGACCAAGGAUAUCUCGGAGAGAGGAAGCACUGAAGAGUGGAGACCUGCUCGACGAGACAUUUUACUGCGAAUGCUCACAUUUAUCUAAAUUAGAGCUUUCAUUUUUAUUUGUUUUCAUCGAGAGGGAGGAGGACGCUUACCAUGGCAGCAGUGGCUGUACUGCGGAAUGAAACACUCCAGGCUUUUCUCCAGGAUCGCACUCCCAACUCUUCUCCAGAGCACUGUAAGCACUCCCCGCUGGCUCUCCUGGCUGCCACUUGUAACCGGAUCGGGCAUCACCACGGAUCAAACCACACAGAUUUCAUCCAGGUCCCUUACGACCCAACUCUGGGCUCACCUUCGCGUUUAUUUCACCCGUGGACUAACGAGGGGAUUUCUCAGAGCAGCCUGGCUGGCAACUCCACUUUCGGACUAUCCUCCAAGCCCCAGCUCACUGCGCACAUCCAGAGCUCCUUCAGCUCGCACCACGAACUACCCCUCACCCCUCCGGCGGACCCCUCGUACCCCUAUGACUUCUCCCCUGUGAAGAUGCUACCUUGCUCCAUGCAGUCGCUGCAGUCCUCCUGCCCUCCCACCUACGUCCCCGCCGUAAGUUACGCAGCCGCAAACCCCCUUCCGCCCGCAAUGACAAGUUUUGUCACGGGACCGUCCGGCCUUGUGCACCAGCAGCAGAGACAGUUGUCCCCAAACCAUGGAGAGGAUAUUCCGUGGUGGAGCCUACAGCAGGGGAACCAUGUAAGCCACUCUGCCUCCCUCGGUCACCAUCGCUUCCAGCUGCAGAGGGGCUUGGUACUGGGACAUACGGACUUUGCGCAAUAUCAGACGCAAAUUGCGGCUCUGCUGCACACCAAGUCCCCCCUCGCGACUGCGCGGAGGUGCAGGAGGUGCAGGUGUCCCAACUGCCAGUCCUCCACCUCCAGCGACGAGCCCGGGAAGAAGAAGCAACACAUUUGUCACAUACCGGGUUGCGGGAAAGUUUACGGGAAAACUUCUCACCUGAAAGCGCACCUGCGGUGGCACUCUGGAGAGCGGCCGUUUGUGUGCAACUGGCUGUUCUGUGGGAAGAGUUUCACCAGGUCGGACGAGCUGCAGAGACACCUGAGGACUCACACGGGGGAGAAGCGCUUUGUUUGCCCGGACUGCUGCAAGAGAUUCAUGAGGAGUGACCACUUGGCCAAACAUGUCAAAACUCACCAGAACAAAAAGACCAAGUGCCACGACAAGACAGUUGACCAUGUGAAAAGGGAGGACACGAGGAAUAUGUAGUCGUUUAAAACAGUAGAAAUCACUAGUGCAAUACAGUCAGUCCUACAUUAGUUAACGUACACAGCGAGCAGCAUCUGUUUAGGGUAUUCCAUUUACUUUGAUUUCUUACAUCCUGACAAUAUCUCUAACAUUGCUGGUCUGUGUAGCACAUUUUUGUGUGUAUAUAUAAAGUUUCACAAGUUAAUUUGGGACCAUGGAGAAGUUAUAGCUCAUGAGUUUGAAUUCACUGUCUAUAGAUCAUAUCAAGGAAUUCAAGUUUUCAACUUGUGUUUGAUCAUUGUCUUCGGUGGAAGAUUUCUCUCCCCUGUAAAUUAUAUUUAAUAGCUUUUGUUGAAUGAAAGUGUCCGUUUUUUGCUCCAUACGGGGUGUUUUUAAGCAUGCUCUUGAAAAGAUAUGCUAUUGUUGAUAUGACCCAAAUACUGUGUGAGAAUAAAGAUUAUACAAAUUUUCCUCAACUCUAAACUCGAAUAAUUCAUUUUAUACUCCUCAGUUAUAUGGGUGAUAAGACAAUCAAUUGUUAUGUAAAAGGACAUAUUCAGUAUUUCUUGGAUUAGUGUGCCUUGUGGAAAAAAACGUUUCUUUAGUUUCUCACUGUGAUGGUUGUCAAAAAGGAAUAUUUCAGAUUAAAUAAAACAACAUUAAAAAAAUGUUUAUUGACAAUGCGGGAGUCAAAAUGUGCCCUGAUAUUCUACUGCUGAUAUUGUUUACCCUUUAACACGAAGGCAAUAUUUAAGUAUUGAUAGAAGCAGAGCUGUAUGGACUGUAUUUGAAAAAAUGAAAUGUAUAUACACUGUCUAAUAAUUUUUGGUUCAACGUUAAACAGUGAAAUAAAGCUAUGUAUGCUAUAUCUCAA